AGCCUCGGGCCGCUGCCACCCCCCCCCCACCGCUAUUUUUAAAUAUGAAAUCACACGUCAGAAUAAAACCAGGAGCAUGAAAGUGCGUUUACUGAAGGGUUGGAUUUCUGUUUCAGAGGAUUUCAGGGGUGAAGACUGUGCUCGUGUGGAGAAGAAGGAGAAGAAAGAGAACAAGAGGACAAACGAGACAAAGGCUGAAGGACAAGAGGAGCGAGAAGAACAAGAAACAGAAGAGGGAGAACAAACAAGAGCAACAAGAAGAAAACAACAAAUAGAUAAGCGACAAGAGGAGCAAGAAGAACAAGAAAAAGAGCAGCACGAAUAAUAAGAAGAAGGGAGAGAAUAACAAGAGGAGGAACGACAAGAAAAAGAGGAGCAAGAAGAACAAGAAAAAGAAGAGGGAGAAGAGGGAGAAGAAAGUGGAAGAACAACAAGAAAAAGGCUCAACAACAAAUAGAUAAACGACAAGAAGAGCAAGAACAACAAGAAAAGAGCAGCAGGAAGAAGAAGAAGAAGAAGGGAGAGAAUAACAAGAGGAGGAACGACAAGAAAAAGAGGAGCAAGAAGAACAAGAAAAGACGAGCAAGAAUAAUAGGAGCAAGAAGAGAGAGAAUAACAAGGAGAGGAAGUCGAAAUAGAGGAAGAACAAGAGAAAGAAGAGCAAGAAGACAGUGAAAUAUGUCAAGAAAAUGGAUAACAAAAAAGAGGAACGACAAGAGAAAGAGGAAGUGGAGGAAGAAAGACAAGAAGACAAAGGAUUUUAACAAAUGGGAACAACAACAAGAGAAAGCAGAGCAAGAAGAAACGAGAAAUAUAAUAACAAAAAGAUAAGAAAAGAGGAGGAAGCACAAGAAUAACAAUGUCUAAUCUUUACAGCCCCCUGAUCCCCUGACGUUGUGCUGCAGGUUCCAGCCACUGGAUGGCGCCCUCACUUCGGUGUUUCCUGUAUUGACCCCCUGUGACAGCGACUCACUGACAGCUCUGGACCCUCAGGGGCCCUGAAGCCUCCAACCUCAACCACGAAUGCAGAGCCGGUCCAGGAGCCGUCAGAUGCCUGAGCUCCUCGCACCAGGACUUCAGCUCUGAAUGUGAACGCCGUCCUAAUCCUCAAACGCAGCCCCGAGUCCGCAGGAGCCCAGAGCUUCAUCCCCUCCACUGCUCAUUCCUCUUCAAACACACCUACAAACAUCUGCCUCGCUUUUUUCAUACCAGACGAGAGAUAGUUUGCGAUAGAGGGAUAAUGGAGAUCUUUUUCAUGUGCUGUGUUUCGUCCCCCCCCCCCUCGGAGCGCCACAGAUUACUUUUCUUUUACAGCCUGAAAACUAUUUUAGUGUUGUGCUACUUUUUCUUUGCAGCAGCUUGAGUCAGAACGUGCGUCUCAAAGAAAUGUAAUUUAAAAUGAAAUAAUACAAAAUUCAGUCUAUUACUUCACAGAUUAGUGAUUUUGUUAAGUUGUUAUACUUGGUGGUUUUGUGUGUGUUGUGUAACAUUGUGUACAUUCAAAAAUAUGAUAGUCCUCAUCAUCAGUUAAGUGUUUUUAUUGUUUACAGGUGGAGCUGUUGUUAUCUUGAUGAGUGACAAACCAGACAGAACCCAAACCAAGACGACUUCUCCUGCAGAGUUUCUGAGACGCUGGACGUCGUUGGACGAGUCUGCAGAAGACGUAGCAGCGCCAGCGAUGGCGUUCAGGAAGGCUCUGAAGCGGACGGCGCUCAUUGGAGGGGGGGUGGCGGCCACAUUCUUUGGCCUCUCGCAAUUAAUCGAGUACAGGAAGAUAAAGCAUGGAUUGACUCGGAUGUCCCAGGUGGCGGCGGAGGCCGAGCUGAAGGCCCCCUUCGCCAACGAGCUUCCCUCUCGCCAGGCGCAGCUCGCCGCGCUGCAAAGCACCGAGGAGUUUGACGUGCUGGUGAUCGGAGGAGGGGCCACGGGGGCGGGAUGUGCCUUAGACGCUGUCACGCGCAACCUGAAGACCGCCCUGGUGGAGAGGAACGACUUCUCCUCUGGGACGAGCAGCCGCAGCACCAAGCUGAUCCACGGAGGCGUCCGCUACCUUCAGAAGGCCAUCAUGCAGUUGGACUACGAACAGUACAUGAUGGUGAAAGAGGCCCUUCAUGAGCGAGCCAACCUUCUGGAGAUCGCCCCUCACCUGUCGGCCCCGCUGCCCAUCAUGCUCCCUGUUUACAAGUGGUGGCAGCUGCCUUACUACUGGGCGGGGAUCAAGAUGUACGACCUGGUGGCCGGGAUUCAUUGCCUGAAGAGCAGCUACGUCCUCAGCAAGACCAAGGCCCUGGAGCACUUCCCCAUGCUGAAGAAGGACAAGCUGGUGGGAGCCAUCGUCUACUACGACGGGCAGCACAACGACGCCCGGAUGAACCUGGCCAUCGCCCUCAGUGCUGUGCGCUACGGCGGCGCCAUCGCCAACUACACGGAGGUGGUUCACCUGCUGAAGACAAAAGACGAGGAGACCGGCAAGGAGAGGGUGUGCGGCGCCCGCUGCAGGGACGUCAUCACCGGAAAUGAAUUUGACGUGAAGGCGAAGUGUGUGAUCAACGCCACCGGCCCGUUCACCGACUCCGUGAGGAAGAUGGACAACCAGGACACCAUGAACAUCUGUCAGCCCAGUGCCGGAGUCCACAUCGUCAUCCCCGGCUACUACAGUCCCGACAACAUGGGUCUGCUCGAUCCCGCCACCAGCGACGGACGUGUCAUCUUCUUCCUGCCGUGGGAGAAGGUGACCAUCGCCGGCACAACCGACAGCCCCACCAGCGUGACGGCUCACCCGAUCCCGGGGGAGGACGACAUCAACUUCAUCCUGAACGAGGUCCGCAACUACCUCAGCCCGGACGUAGAAGUGCGGCGAGGGGACGUGCUGGCAGCGUGGAGCGGCAUCCGUCCCCUGGUGACCGACCCCAACUCCAAAGACACUCAGUCCAUCUGCAGGAACCACAUCGUCAGCCUCAGCGACAGCGGACUGGUCACCAUCGCCGGUGGGAAGUGGACAACCUACAGGUCCAUGGCCGAGGAGACUCUGGACGCCGCCAUCAAAUCUCACGGCCUCUCGGCUGAAUCCUGCAAGACGGUUGGUCUGAUGCUGGAGGGGGCGAAGGGCUGGACGCCGACGCUCUACAUCCGCCUGGUGCAGGACUACGGCCUGGAGCAGGAGGUCGCUCAGCACUUGGCCGCCACGUACGGAGGGAAAGCGUUCGACGUGGCCAAGAUGGCUCAGGUCACGGGGCAGCGAUGGCCGAUCGUGGGCAAGCGGCUGGUGUCUGAGUUCCCGUACAUCGAGAGCGAGGUGCUGUACGCCAUCAAGGAGUACGCCUGCACCGCCAUCGACGUCAUCGCCCGACGCACACGCCUGGGCUUCCUGAACGUGCAGGCGGCCGACGAGGCGCUGCCACGCAUCGUCCAGAUCAUGGCGAAGGAGCUGAGCUGGAGUCAGGAGAGGACGACGGCUGAACUGGAAGCAGCCAAGAAGUUUCUGUACCAGGAGAUGGGCUACAGGUCUCGUUCUGAGCAGCUGACCAAGACCACCGAGAUCAACCUGGACUACCAGGAAGUCGUCAGAUACAAGAAACGUUUCCACAAGUUUGACAAAGAGAGCAAAGGAUUCAUCACCACGGUCGACGUCCAGCAGGUUCUAGGAAGCAUCAACGUUCACAUCGACGAAAACGCGCUUCAUGAAAUCCUCAACGAGGUCGACGUCAACAAGAACGGACAAAUAGAAAUAGACGAGUUCCUGCAGCUGAUGAGCGCCGUGAAGAAGGGCCAAGUGUCGGACAGCCGGUUCGCCAUCCUGAUGAAGACGGCGGAGGAGACUCUGGAUAAGAGGGGCCCGGUGACGGUGGACCGCAGCGGGGGCGGAGUCUGAGCACGCAGGGUUUUAAGAGGAUGCAAAGGAAGAGGUGGUAAUGACAACAACAACAACAACAACACAACAUGCAAAUGGUGCUAUUUGAAUGACAAUGCAGCAAUCAAGCACGCGGGCGGACGGAUUCACUCCUGAUUCCUGAGGGGGAAAGAGAAUCUGAUGAUCCAGGGCAGAUCUUCAAGAGUCGAUGCUUUUGUAUGUCUCUCAACAUCCGGUGCCUCAGAUGUCUCACAGCACACAACCUGUUUUAUACUCUGUCUUUCAAACUGUUUAAAUUGUCUCUGCAGCUUCUCCAACACUCCUUUUUUUUAAAAACUUUAUUCUUGUUAAACGACGCCGAUUGAAACCGUCCUCGACGCGACGCAGCUUUCGAGUCUUUGGUCAAGUUUGAUUUCACGGGUUCAUUGUUUCCCUCAAAGUUUCCUGGAGAGAAUUGGUCUGAAGGGACGAAAGAGAAAUGCACUUGAAACGUGAUGAACACCAACAUCUUGGUUUUCUGACAGAGAAGAUGAAAACAACACGUCCCUCCAGGGAACUUUAGUGAAUAGUGUCCUGUCAAUCAAAUCCUCACUGAUCGUGUCAGUGUGUAGUUUCUGAUCUGAGCACUAGUGGUUUUAAUAUUUAAUAUUUAAUGGGUUUUAAAAGCACUCGGAGACGUUUCUGAACCUUUUCUGUUGCCUGCUCUUUGUCUUGAGGGUUUUUAAACAACCGAUCAGGGUUAAAUGUAAAAAUCUUUUUUUCCCAGCGAACUACUGACGUUUACAUGACGAGGUUUCAAGCUUUAGCUUCCAAAUCACUGCUGUUACUGUUCUUUCCAUAUAUGUAUAUUUAUUCUUCUCUCCUCAUAUUAUAGAUUUUAACUAUAUUUUAAAGUGCACCUCUAAAGCAGAAUGUUUUUAUUGCCACACGUUAACUUUAUUCUCUAAAUAAUUCAAAGCUAAAUCUACAUUUUGAAGAAAGUAUUUUAUUUUAUUUAGUGUUUUGCUUUUCUUUUCGAUUGAGCAGCUGUGUUAACUCAGUCUGUGGGACGGGUCUAUAACCUGCAUGCUGUCAGCUGAUUGUAAUGAGAACUUUAAAGCAGAUUAAUGUCGUCGCAUGUUUUGGUUUUAUGAGUUAAAAUAAGUUUUAUGAGUGAUUUUCUUCUUUUAAAGGGUCUGAAUGUACAGAUUUACCUUCACGUGCCUCAGAUAUGACACUUAACUAUUUACACUCUGUUUCACAAACAAAUACAGGAAGUAAUGUUGAGAUAUUGAUCAUUUAUAAGAGUUAUUAUAAUAGGAAAUGUGUUUGAAAUGCAUUGUAUGUUUAUACGUGUGAGAACCGAGGCCUGUUGGAAAGGACGAGUGUUUUAAUAUAAACGUUAGUUUGGUUAUUAGAGACGUGGAACUCAAAAAGGGACUUUUAGUUUGAAGGGCUGGGGUGUCGCACUGAAAUCUGGACGAUUAAAAAAACAAAAACAAUGUGGGAAUAAAUAUCAAUAUUUGAGUUCAAUUUAUUGAUUCGAAGGACGUUUAAGUCAGAUUCUUAUGUUCCCAAUCAAUGCUUCCACCUUUAUUUUGGCACUUAUUUUCUUUUGAAUUAAAAAAUGUGCAAUUUCAAAUUGAUUCCCAGCCCUUUUGAAUGUGUUAGAUUUAGUAUAUUUAAAGUUUAAAGUUUAUAAAGAUCCUCUGACGCAGCGUUCGGACCAGGAGCUGCUCUGCCCCCCCCCCUCACCACAGGCCUGUGUUCAGUCUUUUAUUUUGAAAGGCUUGUAUUUGUAUGUGUGUGUACACUGUGCUUCCUUAUUGCCUUCACGUUUAUUCUAAUGCUGCAGAUGUGGAGAUUUUCUGUUGGACUCUGAUCAUUUUUAUGCAGUAAACCGAAUCAUUCCAUUCUUCCACGUACCAAACGCACUGUUACUGAAGUGUGUGUGUCUGUGUGUGUGUGUGCGACCCUUCAAACUGCCAACGCCGGCCCGUCGACAAUCGCUCGUGGGCAGCACCACGUGAAUCCUGAUGUUUGAUUGUCUCCUGCAGGAUGAAAUUUCAGCUUUAUCCCGACUCAAAGAGAAUCAUGUUCCCGGUUCUUCUUCUUUUCCUCCAGUGCAGUGCCGGAGUCUUCAGGUCUGAAAAACGAGCGAAGGAAACAAAGUCAUUAUCUCAUUAAAUGUAUCCGGUUGCUUGAAAAGCU